AUUAAAUUGACUGCUCAACCAAGGACUUAUAAGUCCUUGAAUCACUCAGUUUUAUUUGGUGAAAGAAUGCUGGUCUUCUUUAAAAUCAGUGGAGGAAGCGCAGCAUCUCUUCAAACUGGACUCGUCCUUGUCAGGAGCAGGGAGGACCAAGAGACGAGGCAGGAGCUUUAUGAUCACAGGUUAAAAGCCCGCUCAGGAGCGUUUUGGGUUAGGAACACGAUGAUGCUGCUGGAGAUGCUCACCACCGGCCCAACGGUGGCUGAUGCAGCGUCUGAUGUCAGCACCGUUCUGCUUCUUCUCCUGCUGCUGCUGCUGCUCAUCACCGCCUGGAGCCGAACACACCGGUCCCAUAUACCAGGUCCUUCCUUCAUGUCAGGACUCGGCCCGAUCCUCUCUUACAGCAGAUUCAUCUGGACCGGGAUAGGAACUGCAAGCAACUACUACAACAACAAAUACGGCAGCGUCGUGAGGGUCUGGAUUAAUGGCGAGGAGACCAUCAUUCUGAGCGGGUCUGCAGCAGUGUAUCAUGUCCUGCGGAGCACCCACUAUACAGCCAGAUUCGGGAGCAAAGCAGGGCUGGAGUGUGUCGGGAUGGAAGGGAGGGGGAUCAUUUUCAACAGUGACACUGAGCUGUGGAAAAAAGCCAGGACGUAUUUUUCUAAAGCUCUGUCAGGCCCUGGUCUCCAGAGGACGGUGGGAAUCUGUGUGAGCUCCACAGCCAAACACCUGGACCGUCUGCAGGAGAUGACCGACCCCUCUGGACAUGUGGACUCUCUCAAUCUGCUGAGAGCCAUAGUGGUCGACAUCUCCAACAGGCUUUUCCUCCGGGUGCCGCUCAACGAGAGGGACCUGCUGUUGAAAAUCCACAGCUACUUUGAGACCUGGCAGGCAGUUCUGAUAAAACCUGACAUAUUCUUUAAGAUUGGAUGGCUGUACAACAAGCACAAGAGAGCAGCCCAGGAGCUGCAGGACGUGAUGGAGAGCCUUCUUGAGAUUAAAAGAAAGAUGGUAAAUGAGUCGGAGAAGUUGGAGGAUGAUCUUGACUUUGCCACAGAGCUCAUCUUUGCUCAGAACCACGGAGAGUUUUCAGCAGAUAACGUCAGGCAGUGCGUGCUGGAGAUGGUGAUCGCAGCCCCUGACACGCUCUCCAUCAGCCUCUUCUUCAUGCUGAUGCUGCUGAAACAAAACCCAGACGUAGAGCUGAGGUUAGUGGAGGAGAUGAACACGGUCUUGAGUGACAAAGGGGCCGAAAACAUCGAUUAUCAAAGCCUGGAAGUGCUGGAGAGUUUCAUCAACGAGUCCAUGAGGUUUCACCCUGUGGUUGAUUUCACGAUGCGGAAGGCUCUGCAGGAUGACAUCAUCGAAGGCACUAAAAUUAGAAAAGGAACCAACAUCAUUCUCAAUAUUGGCCUCAUGCAUAAGACAGAAGAAUUCUUCCCCAAACCCAAAGAGUUCAGCCUGAUGAACUUUGAGAAAACAGUGCCCAGUCGUUUCUUCCAGCCCUUCGGCUGCGGGCCUCGUUCCUGCGUGGGCAAACACAUCGCCAUGGUGAUGAUGAAGGCCAUCCUGGUCACUCUGUUGUCUCGUUUCACAGUGUGUCCCCGCCAAGGCUGCACCCUCAACAGCAUCCGGCAGACCAACAACCUGUCGCAGCAGCCGGUGGAGGACGAGCACAGCCUGGCCAUGCGCUUCAUCCCUCGAACGACACAAACUCCACACAGUCACUGAGCACUGAGACACGGAGGUUACAUCCUGGUGGCAACUACCAAGUAUAAAUAUUUUGAAGCAUAUAGCAAUAAAGGGUAGAGGCCAACCAAACUGCUAAUAUUCUCUGAUAGAGAUUAUACAAAAAAAACAUUCAUUCUGGACUUUCAUUAUUUUAUAUUUGUUAGUGAACACUACAUUUGGUAUGUUACAGCAGAUGCUUUGGCAACUUUGACAACACUUACCAACUAUGGUUUAGGGCUUAAAGGGACAGUUAAUCCCAAAAUCAACCUGUUGUGCCAUUAUCCAUCUAGAUUUUCCCGAAAGAGACAUCACAGGUGAGCUUUUAAACUUCUUUUUUUCACCCCCUCUAGCACCACAAGCUGAGCAUCAUCUAGUUGUAUUCAAUUCCAGAUAGCAGACAUCUCUACAGCCUUUAUCUCCAAAACUCUUCAAUUCACACUUAAACAAUCUAGACUGAUAAAUAGAACUAGGUAAAAGGAUAAAUAUGUAGUCUUGAUUUAGGGGUGAAGUGUUCCUUAAAUCUGACACAGAGCAGAUGGCAGCAUGAUUUUCCGACAAUGCAGGAGGACCUGCUCUCUUUGUAGAUAUAAAAUGUUUAUUCUAAGGUAACAAAAACACAAGAGUGUUAGUUUCAGGUGGUUAUAACCUAAUGACAAUGUUAUUAUAUUCCAUUUUCUGCCAAUAGAUGCCCCCUUAAUCCUACAUGCUGGACUUUUAUAAUAGGGGAUAGGGAGUAGUGGUUGAUUUCAGUGCAUACUGGAAAAGUAAUAUAUUAGGUUUAUAUACAUUUGUAUGAGGUUAACUCAUUAGCUUUACCAUCUCAUAGUGUUUUCUCAUGUUAAAUCUGUAUUUCAAAAAGGUUUUGUUCAUCAGAGAUUGAGAUGACUUCAUUUUAGGAUCUCAGUGAACAAAAAUGUACAACUCAAACAUUACUAAUGUUUUUUUCUAUGUAGAGCUAAUGUGCUUUAAGUCGUUACAGUUCUAACAACAACAUCUGUUUCAUGAAUAGUCAUCGAGUCAGAAUCCAGUGAAUUUACACAUGUUGAAUUUAUUAAGUUAGCAGAAUGUAGUGACAGGCACUCUAAGAAACAAGCUGUACCACAGGCACAAAUCAAACACGCCACCUUGGCAUUAGAACAUAAGGCGUUAGGUUAAAGUUGAGAUUUGGACACAUUGUAAGCUUCCCGCUGUGCUUCAAAUCAGAACACAAGCAAAAAAAAAAAAGAGCAAGGUAAACUUUCCCUCAGGCUGAAUUAAAUAAAACAGGCCGAGCCAAAUCAAACCUGAAACAGCACAAUCAAACAGUACAUGGAGCACAAGGAUUCCUUUUUUUCUUUCAGAGAAAUGAAUAUAAAAUAUUUUCUGUAAGAAUAUAAAUCCAAUAAAUACGUAUUUAAUACUGCAUCGAUACAAAAAUAUAAUAAUCAAAGACCACUAAAAUCUACCACUCACCCAAACUGACGGACUAGACACAUGAGUGCAUAGAUAAUCAGUCACACAGAAAGAAGGCAGCAUCU